CCGCCGUCACCCCACCGCCUCCCUCCCCUCUGUCUUCCUGUCUCCCCACGUACGGUACCAAGCCCUCGCACGCACUCUCUAUUUAAUCGCGGCCACGGCAGCCGGAUCGAGGUGGGAGAGGCCGGAGACCCCAAUUCCACCAUGAACUUUUUAGCAGCCUAGCUUAGCAAUCAAAACUCCCCACUUUUGGAUCGAUCCAAAUAAGCGACGAGGACGCAAAAGCGAUCGAUCCAACGCAAGUACUACUAGUUCGUCGCCCACCACUUGAUUUAAUUUGUAUUCCCCACAAAAUCCCAUCCCCAUCCCUACCUAUUUACCGUAGUCCCAUCGAUCGAUCGAUCCAGUCCGCACCAAAUCCCUCAGAAACAGCAGCACGACAAGGGCUCUGACGCCUAGGCAGAUGGACGCAGAGACGGUGGUUCCUGCAGCAUCCGCAGCUGACCUGCAGGACUCGCCCAUGAGGCCACAGGUGAGCAAGUACUACUACAAGAAGAGGCUUACAGGCCACAGCAGAAAUGGCAAGGAUAAUAACAGCCAGGACCCAAAGAUCCAAUGCCCCAGCUCGCCUUUGAGCAGGCAAAGCCUGUCCACUUCUGCCGUCCCCAGCUUCCAUGCCGGAGGGUUCUACGAGAUCGACCACGAGAGGCUGCCCCCCAAAUCCCCAAUCCAUCUCAAGUCCGUACGCGUUGUGCAGGUGAGUGAGCACACGAGCCUUGAUGUCACAGUGAGCUUCCCGUCCCUCAUGGCGCUGCGAAGCUUCUUCUCCUCCUUCCCGGCGCCCAGCACUGGGCCGGAGCUCGACGAGCGCUUCGUCAUGAGCAGCAACCACGCCGCGCGGAUCCUGCGCCGCCGGGUGGCUGAGCAGGAGAUCCAGAGCGAGAUGCACCAGGACAGCUUCUGGCUUGUCAGGCCCUGCCUCUAUGACUUCAGCGCGUCGUCCCACCCAGCGCUGCUACAUGACGCGCUGUCGUCGCCCGAAGCUCCACCGGCUCCGGCUGCCAGCUCCUGUCUCCUCACCACCUUGAAGUGCGAUGGCGCCGGGUGGGGCGUGCGGCGCCGCGUCAGGUACAUUGGCCGGCAUCGCGAUGCUUCCAAGGAGCCCACCAUGGACGGCUACGAAACAGAGGCCAGCGUCAAGGAGCAGCAGCGUCCGGCGCAGGAAGAUAAGAGGAGCUCAAUGAACGGCAAGAGGAAGCGAGACGUGGCGGAGAGAAUCAAGGAUAAGCCCAGCAACGAGAGGAAGAAGAGAAAGAAGUCAUAUAAGAGUCCCAAAAAGGAGAAGAAGCGCCGCGUGGAGGCGAAAGACGGUGACCCUCGGCGCGGCAAGGACCGGUGGUCGGCCGAGCGGUACGCGGCGGCUGAGAGGAGCCUGCUCGAAAUCAUGCGCUCCAGUGGCGCCCGCUUCGGCGCACCGGUGAUGCGCCAGGCGCUGCGGGAGCAAGCUCGUAAGCACAUUGGCGACACCGGUCUCCUCGACCACCUUCUUAAGCACAUGGCCGGAAGGGUGCCGGAUGGCAGCACGGAACGGUUCCGUCGCCGGCACAAUGCGGACGGCGCCAUGGAGUACUGGCUGGAGCCAGCCGAUCUGGCGGAGGUGCGGCGGGAGGCUGGCGUGUCUGAUCCAUACUGGGUACCCCCACCCGGGUGGAAGCCCGGUGACGAUGUGUCACCGGCUGUCGGUGAUCUCCUGGUUAAGAGGCAGGUGGAGGAGCUCGCUGAGGAGCUCAAUGGUGUCAAAAGGCAAAUGGAGCAGCUGAGUUCUAACAUGGUGCAGCUGGGCAAGGAAGCAAAAUCUGAGUCAGAUAGAGCUUACAGUUCAUGGAAGGAGAAGUACCACAAGGUGGUUAAGGCCAAUGAAAAGCUAGAGAAGCAGGUGUUGUCUCUGAAGGACACCUACGAGAAUAUGGUUCAUAAAAAUGGUAAGCUAAAGAAGGAGGUGCGGUCACUGAAGGAUAAAUAUGAGCUAGUAGUUGACAAAAAUGACAAGCUAGAGGAGCAGAUGGCUUCUCUUUCCAGCUCCUUCUUGUCUUUGAAGGAACAAUUUCUGUCGCCAAGAAAUGGAGAUAAGCUGAAGAUGGGAAGAGAUGAGGUGGCUGUGGCUCACAAGGAUGGCAAGCAAGCAAUAGUAUGUAUUGAUGGUGGUGACGAGACCAGCCAGCGAGCAGAUGGCACCGUCGUCCAAGCCGGCGAGAAGAGGACGGUGAGGAAGAGCAGCUUCCGCAUCUGCAAGCCACAGGGCACGUUCCUGUGGCCAAGCAUGGGGUCCGGCACGGCCAUCAGCAGCAGGGGAGGAAGCAGCGGCAUCAGCUUCGGCAUCGGGCCGGAUCAGCAGCUCCCCCGCAGCGGCAGCAGCUGCCCCAGCGUCGGGCCGUCGUCGCGAGCCCCUGUGGAGGUGGUGAUCGCGUCGCCCAUGGACGAGCACGCGCUGCUCGGGGACUUCUCCACGCCGCCAUCGGCGUCGUCCACCAACAAAGCCAUCGCCAAGCUGCUGCCCCUGCCCAGCCCGAGGUCGCCACUCCAGCCACAGCCACUCUUCGCCGCCGCUACAACGCCUGGGUUCACCGUCCCGGCCUUGCACUCCUUCUCCGGCCUCACAUUGCGCCAUGCUGACUCGUCGGCGCCCUGCGGUGCUCGUGAGAUGAUGGCCAUGUUCAACGCGGAGGCCGGAGGGAUCACUACCGUGGGCACUGACCUGGCCCUGGCCACUCCCUCCUACUGCUGAGCUACCUCCCCUGCCUGCCUAUGGCAUUCUAUAUUACGGUCGAUAUUGGUUGAUAGGGUAACAUAAAGAUUGCACAAAAAUAGAGAGGAUAAGAUAAAGAAAAUAGAUUAACGAAAUUGGGAAGGAAGACGAUCAUCUUGGUUCUUGGUUACAUAGACAUUGGUGUGCCCUUCGGGUUGCAGUUCGCAGGUUUACUUGGUCAGUUUCUAGUUCGUGUCAAGGAUUUAUUUCUUAUUUUUUAGGGAAAUCAAGGAUUUCUUUCUGCAAGCCUGACUUAACUGGUUGGUGGCUUGCCAAUACCUGUUAACUCCAGCAUGUCAGUUGCGUAGUCUGCCCUUUUGGACACAUUUGAAGUGGAACGUGUCAAUUUUGUGGGCUCCAUAUAUACACUAUAGAGGCAUUCAACUAUUCAAGAAAGAAAGAAAAGGGAGCACUGCUAUGCGUACAACGAAAA